AUGCUAGACAUGGAGGCAGCCAUUGUUGACACAGGGGACAGACUGACAAACGAGAGAGUGCAGGGGGCACAAAAUGCCAUGAGAAAUGUCCCAACAGCAAAAGAGAAAUUGGUAGGUUUCCUCUCCAAAACAGAAGACUUUCACAGACUAAUGAACUUUUUGGAGGCAGUGACCAAAAUGACCUACAGCACGAAAAGUGUCAAUGACAGAGGCACUAUGCAUUACUAUAGAAAUCUCUUGAAUGCAAGUAACGUCAAGGGCAAGGUCAAGAAUGCUUAUCGACCCUACGGGAUACUAUAUUACACAGUAUUGGAAGGUUUGUGCCUUGCCCUCUUCCUGCGACAUUUUGGUAUUGAGGAUUUGGAUGCUGAUAUACCAUUACCUGAUGGUUUUUCUGACAUGUCAGAGGAGGACAAGAUCGGAUGGUUGAACGAAAUCUGCAGCACAAUUCUGAGGAAGUGGUUCUUCGACAGCACACAGGAUGUAUUUCAUUACCUCAGAGAAGUGAUUACUGACAAAGUUCAUCCAGAAAACUAUUGGUUGUUGCCCAAGGAGCAGACAGAAAGGUUAGUUGCUAACCGAUUCAUCAAUUUGCAAGGUGGCAGAAAUAACAAUAUUGCCCCAGAUGAGUUCAUCGAUAUGCUAAACAGAGACAGCAAGAUUGCCUGUUCUGUGUAG